GGCACGUGAAAAUGGCUGACAAAAUGACAACAAAAAUCAGGCUUUUAGUUUUAUUUAAUUUAUUUAAUUACGCCAUGCCUUCAGCCUCCACACCUGCAACUAUAGGUCCUGCAGAUGCAGAUACAAAAGAAGAGCGCCACGUUUUGGCCCAGCAUAAAAUUGACAGUCUCACAAUUCUGAUGUUGUUAGGACUGCUGAUGUUGACCAUUUUGACAAUCUGGUUGUUCAAACAUAAACGUUUACGAUUUUUACACGAAUCUGGAUUAUCUUUAAUUUAUGGUAUGAUUGUGGGAGCAGUAAUCAAAUAUACAGCAUCAAACAAAUGUGACAGUUCUCCAUAUGUUAAAUUGAAUGGUACAGCCUACUAUACAGCGCCUAACCCACCUGCAGCUGUCUACCUAAAAUUACCACAGUCAUUUAAUAGUUCCAACUUACAGGAAGUCAAAUAUGACUUAUGGGGGGAAGUUUCAGAAGAUACAAUUCACUGCACAGGGUCACUUGUCAGAGCGGUACAUGCAUUCUCUACAAAGGUGACUUUUGAUCCUGAGUUUUUCUUCAAUGUUUUAUUGCCGUUUAUCAUAUUUGAAGCUGGCUACAGUAUGAAAAGGAGACAUUUUUUCAAAAAUCUAGGAGCCAUAAUGGCAUAUGCAUUUAUAGGAACAACAAUUUCUUGCGUAGUUGUUGGAGGUAUAAUGUAUGGUUUGACGAGGUUUAUGAAAGACAUUGUAAAGGAGUUUACUCUAAAUGAUUGUUUUUGGUUUGGAGCAAUAAUCUCAGCGACUGAUCCUGUCACGAUACUGUCCAUAUUUAGUGAUCUGAGGGCUGAUGUAGAUCUGUUUGCUUUUAUUUUUGGUGAAAGCGUCUUAAAUGAUGCUGUUGCUAUUGUUUUAUCAUCGUCUGUAGAUAGUUAUAGAUUGAAGAGUAAUCAAGAAGGUUUCAAUGCAGAUGCAUUCUUCCUGUCUAUUGGAAACUUUGCUAAGAUAUUCCUUGGAGCAUUUGGUAUAGGAUCAGCAUUAGGAUGUGUUAAUGCUUUAAUAUCAAAAUUUACAAAGAUACGAGACUUCCCGCUGUUAGAGACAGCUUUGUUGUUUCUGAUGUCAUACAUGUCAUUCCAGGCUUGUGAAGCUGCUGAACUCACAGGUAUUGUUGGUAUCCUGUUCUGUGGUAUAACACAAGCUCAUUAUACAUACAAUAAUUUAUCUGAAGAAUCUAAACAUAGAACUAAGCAGCUGUUCGAGUUGAUGAAUUUCCUGGCAGAGAACUUUGUAUUCCUGUACAUUGGAGUUUCCAUAUUUACAUUCCAGUAUCAGUAUUGGCAUGCAGGAUUUAUAUUUGCUUCUGUUUUUUCUAUUAUUGUUGCCAGAUUUUGUAAUAUAUAUCCAUUAUCACUAUUAUUAAACAUUGGAAGGAAAAAUAAAAUCAAGACAAGCUUCAUGCACAUGAUGAUGUUUUCUGGAUUAAGAGGUGCUAUUGCUUAUGCUUUAUCUAUCAGAAAUACAGCAACAACUGCCAAAAAGUUGAUGGUUUCAUCAACGAUGUUUAUAGUUCUAAUAACUGUGAUUCUAUGUGGUGGUCUUACAACACCUAUGUUACAAUGGCUACAGAUAAGAGUUGGAGUUGACGAAGAUGCUGAAACGAAAAAUAUAAAAGAGUCAAGAGAGGGUUCUGGUCGUGGCGCCACCUACCAAAGUAUGGAUAACCAUAAUGACAACAACGCUUCACCGUUGCAUGUUUUUGAAGAUAGGAGUUCUAGUGCUGGCUCUCCAUUAUUAGAGAGAGAUACAGAACAAAUAGAAGAAACUCCACCAAAGAAAAAAUAUGACAAAGCAUGGCUUGUGUCAUUGUGGCAUAACUUUGAUAUAAAAUUUAUGAAGCCACUGUUAACAAAUAGUACUCCUAAUUUGAUGGAGACGCUGCAUCCAUGUUGUAUGCCAUUGUCCAGGCUUCUUACUACAGAAGAACAAAUGACAAAUCCAUGUGUUCACAUAGAAGCCGAUUCUGAUACAGAUAUGAUUAUAGACCACCGAGAGCUUUCUAUUGGAGAAAGCAUUAGCACUGUGUCACAUGGUGCCACACAAGAUACAGACAAACAUGAUAUUACAGAGGUCAAGGCAGACUUGAAUGGUCUAUCCCAGGGUGCAUUUCCUUCCCAUAAUUCUAUGUCAAGUGAUGAUGUACCUUUGACACCCUGACCUUUGACCUCCAGAUCUGUCAAGUUGAAUUAGAAACCAGUAAUUCUAGGAUUCUCUCAUAGAUGAUAACAUUCUUGGAGAUUUAGGACACGGACAGCCAAUGAGAUUACAGAUAAAUGUGCCUGGACCUUUAGGAGAGAAUGUUUGAACCAAUCAUAAUUCUUUUAACAUUGACCAUUGGAAAUGAGAUUAUGUAUUGCUCCCAAUGGAAGUAUAUAAAUGUCAUGCUAAUGUAUUACAUAUAUUUCAGAUUGAAAAUUCAAUGUGUAUAAAUCUUUCAAUGUUCAAAAACUUUUGACAUUAUUUUUUCCAGAAUUUUAUUAUGUUUUGUCAUAUUAAGAUUUUGCUAGACUUUCAUCAUCAGUUAUGUUAAUGUUACAUGUAGAUCUGUAUCUGUGUUUUCUAAUGUUUACUACAAAGCCUAUUGAAUUAGGCCACGUGAUAUAAGUGUUUUAUUAUCAAAUAUUGUCUGAUGUAAAGCCUUGUCAGUUAUUGCAUUCAAAUCUGAAAAAUUAUUAAUGGGAUAUCAAUAGUUAACUACCUAAUUAACAAGUGAUGUCUAUUUCCAAUGAGUUAAAGAAAAUUUGUUGAUACAGAAAUUUGUAGUUAAGUAUUUUAUAGUAUGUUUAUUUUUCCCUGUAGUUUGCCAGCAGCCUUCAAAUUUAGCUGCAGUUAUUCCAAAUAGUUGAUCAAUAAGUUGAUUUUUACACAUUUUACAAAUAUAAAGUUAAGAUCUUAGGACUAUGCCAUGUAUACCAUAGGCUAUUAUUUCUUUAAAAGAUGCAUUACCGCAUACAGCAAAUAUUAGACAUGUAAAUAUUAAGGUUUAAACUUGUAUGCCAAAUAUAAAUCUUCAUGUAUCUAUCUGUUGCCUUGUCUAAAUCCUUUUCUUUUAGACUAAUUAUAUCAAAUAACUGUAAUACAUGAACCAUGUGUAGCAACAACAAAAAAGCCAUAAUUUCUCAAACAUUUUACAGCCUUACAUUAAUAGUUUUAUGUCAGCAAAUUCCUGUCUUUGUAUAGGUAUCAUUUAAAAAUACAUUCAAAAACUGAUCUUUUGUUAAUUGUUAAAUUGUUUUAGGCAAUUUUGGUUGGUAGUUUAGCAAUAUACAUACAUUUUGAAAGUGUGCAAUAUAUUUAAGAACAAUACUUUACAUAGUUAAGUUAUUUAAGACACAUGUAGAUAUUAAAAAAUAUUUAAUAAUUUGAAAUAGUAUUAAUAAUUGUAUAAGGCUAGUCUUACAUUCCUGUACCAGAUCCUUCAACAUUUUAUGUAAAAUUAAUUUUACUUUGAAUAAAACAUGGCUAUCUUUUGAACAACAUUGUAUAAGUGAUAUGUAGACAGUAAUGUCAGAGACACAGAUUUCUGUUCAAAAGAGAGAAGACAUUUGUAUAAUCAGAGGUUACAGUCAUAAAACUUUAAGUAUGUUUAUUGUACUCCGACUCAGAAACUAACAAAUUAAAAUACAGGAUUUGCCAUUUCAAACACAAUUUUUAUUCUUCAAGUACUGACUACUGAGUAUAGUUUUAUGACUGAAAGACUAGGACUGUAACUAUUUAUGGAGAAGUUGAUUGUAUUGUAUUAUUUUUGAAAUCUAUUUUGUAGUGAAUUUAACCUUGCCUUUCUGUAUCACAAAUGUCUAGAAAUUGCUAGUUGAGAUAAAAAAUAUUUGUGAAAAUAAGUUGGUUUAAAGUAUUUGAUUGUUUGAUCUAGUUCCUGUCAACCUUACCAUAUUUUGUUUUGAUACAUUUAGACUUUGAAAAAAAAGUAAGUCAGAUUUCGGUAUGACAAGUUUUGCUUUGUUGGUUUUGAAAAGAGUAAAAACAAAAUCAUUUGUUUGAAGUUUUGCCUUAAAAAACCUUGGGAAUAAUAGUCAGUGUGUUGGGCAUUACUUAAACAGCUUUGUAAGCUUGAGUGUUGUGAUAAUGGUUAAACCUACUUAAUUGAAUAUCUUCAGUUAAACAUGUGGUAUUGUCAGAUAUUGUAACUUGUUUCAAAUAAUCACAUGGUGUUAUCAAGGUUUCCCAAAAGAAGACAUUGAUGAAAAAACUUAGAUUUGUGUGUAUGCUCCUUAUUUCUUAAUUUUGCUAUGAUCUAUUUAUGUGAUAAUUUUUAAUCUCGAGCAACUCUACUUAGAGAUGUUUUUUUCUGUCAGGUGAAGUGAGAACAUGAUGAUGUUGCCAGCCAAUGUCCUUCUUGUAGCCUAGGAAAAUAGUAAUAAAGAAAUUAUCUUUGGUUGUUCAACUUGAGGAAAGGUCUCAACUACAUCUCAUUAUGCGACUAUCACCAUUUUAAUGAGAUUGGAGCCCCAGAACAAAUCUUUUCAGUUGGUUCUGGAUGAUUUGUCUAGCAACAAGAUUUGUUCACUUUUAGAAUGAUGUCCCUCAUUUAAAUUUGUACAUUGUAUUACCUUAUUUUACUUAGAAAACAAACCUUGUUGGAAUAUAAAAUGCAUAAUAUAAAAAAUCAAAAGUGCUAGGAAAUCAAUUUGCUCAUGUAGAAAUUUAAAUGUUAAAAAUAAAUUUUAUUUUCAGCAAAAAAAAAAUGUGUCUCUUUUAAAUAUCAUUAAUUAUACUCCAAAACAUGUUAUGCAGAGGCUAUUCUUAAUUCUCAUUAAAAGUUUAAGAGGGUUGGCAUUGUUGGCAUUGUACAACUAGAUGAGGGAAUAUUGUAAAUAAUUAACCUUGCUGAAGGCUUAAUUGGUAUAAUCAUUAGGAGAUGUGGUGAUUUUUGGUGAGGAAACUAUCCACCAAUGACCACUUGGACAAAGAAGUCACCAUAUAGCCUUCAGAAAAACUAUACCAUUAAGCAAGAUAUAAAAACUCAGGUCAAGAGGUUUUGAAGGUCACCUUUGCGUUUUCCCUGCUACUACAGUGUUCAUAGCAAUUGUUGUGUUCUUACAAAGAUUAGUACUGUUAUCAAACCAGUGGUGGAUCUAAUAACUGUCUAAGCAUGAAGAGGGGGCAGCUCUGGUCAUGCUUUUGCAACUCCCUUUAUAAUCAACCAAAUGUUUUCUCAGAGAAGGGGUCCCCCUAUAAAUCCACCUCUGCAAUCUCUUUACCAUGGUUUCUGACCUCAGAAUCUGUUAUGAGAUUUCUUAAGUUGUGUGUUUUUUACUUUGUUAUAUUUUUGCAAAAAAGUUUAUUUAUAUUUAUAUAUUAGUAUGUAUUUACUGUUUAAUAUAUUAUUAAACCAUUGUAUUUUGAUUGAAUACAGAUAUUGACUAUUCAGAUCAGUCAAUGAUUUGUGAUAAACACGAUUGUUCUCCUUGUGCACAAUACAUACAUACUGUUAUAGUCUUUAAACAUUGUUUCUAUUGGGGUAUGUAAAAUGUGUGCAUAGCUUUGAAAACACUAUUAAAUGUUUAAUAUAGUAAAUGUAUUUUUAUGCAAACUACAUGUUGUUUUCUGCACAUGUCAAAAUGUUUUAUUUUGGGUUUUAUAUUGUACUCCAAUGACUUGUAAGUUCUCAUACAAAUAUUUUGUAUUAAUUUUGGUUGAUGUAAAAAAAAAAAAUCAGUUUUUGUUCAUUUCAUUCCAAAUCUCAAAUCAAUCUUGUUUUAAACUUUUAAGCCACACCCUAAUGCAAAUUGAAAAAAAUAGUUUCUUUAAAAUACAAGCUUUUUGUCAAAUCCAUUUGUUUUAUAUGCAAAUGAGGUACAAUUAUAUUUCUUAUUGUAAGGAUGCAUAUAGGGAGGAGUUUCAGCUUUAGAUUAGAAUUAGGGUCUAAUUAACAUUCCACUGACAAAUACUUUUAAAUCUAUUCAUUACACAUGAGAUAUCGGAUUGGGUCAAGUGAUCCUUUUCACCUAUAAUCUACCAGAAACUGUUUUUCUAAUUUUCAAUGGUGGCAAACUUUAUAAUUUUGUUUACAAAAUCUCAUAUUACUGUAAUGCUGAACUUAAGCUAUUGACCUAUUGAUUAAUAAAUGUUACAAAAAUAA